AUGAAUAUAAUUGAAUACAUCAAGUUAUGUUUAGAAAAACAAAAUAAAAAAGUUGAAGCUGAUUUAAUUCACUUUAAUAAAAAGAUCAAUGAUGCAGCAACUCAUAAGUUAUUCGAAAAAUUAAGCAAUGGUGUAAUUACAUUGCCAUUUCUCGAUUAAUAAUAAAAGAAUGAAAUGUAAAGAGAACUAAAGAAAUUAUAAAAGAUAAUGGAUGAUAUCUCUUCUAAAUAAUGUGCAUUCAAUAUUCAUAUCAAUAAAUAUGCUGAUACUCAAUGUAAGAAGACAUUUACUUCAGCCUUAGAAUUAUAACAUGCAGGUUAAUAAUUAUUAUUGAGUACUUUUUGUAAUCACAAAACUCAACAAUAAACCUUUCUUACAAAAUAUUAAACAUUAAUAUCAUAUAUUCCUUUUUGGGAACAUGCUUAACAAUUAGAAUCCAAAUAUAAUAAAAUCGAUAUAGAUUAUAAUCAUAUUUAAUCUAUGUUGGAUAAUCUGCAAUUAAAUUAAGCUAAUAUGAAAAAAGAAUAAGAAAAAACCACUAAAAUUUAUAAAGUUGCUUCAAUUUAAACUAAUCCAAAUUAAUUUGAGGUAAUAUAUAAAGAGAAGGAAAUUAUUAAAGAAAUUUAUAAAGAUAAUCCAUAACAACAGUUACAAAUUGAAGAAUUGAAAAAAUAGAUUAUUAAAUUAUAAGAAGAGAUUACUAAUUUAAAGUCUUAAACUUUAUUGUUAUAAGCUCAUGAAUUGACUUAUGGUCUAAAUCGCAUGUAGGAUAUAUAAGCAGGAAUUCAAAUGUAUACUUAAAUUGAUAAUGUGGAUUCCAGAAAUUCAUUAGCUUAAGUAUAUUAAUAAGGUAAAUUGGUUGCCUAAAAUAUCAAAUUAGCUAGAUAAAUCUAUAAAUAAAAUCUGAAAUUUAAUAAUCUAUAAGCAAUGUUUUAAUAUGGCAAAAUAUAAUUAAUUAACAAAUAAAAAAUCUAAAAAGCAACCCAAUACAUUAAAUAAGCAGCUGAUCAAGGACACAUUGAAGCAUGUUUAGACUUGGCAAUUUUAUAUUAUUAAGGAAUUUAAUAAAAUAAUGAAUAUAUAUUUCAAAAGAAUACUUAAUUAGCUAAAUAAUAUGCUACUAAAGGAUAACAUACUAGUAGAGGAUUGUGUGAUUUAGGUAUUAUUGAAACAGACAGUUUAAAAAGUUAACAUUACUUAAAUGAGGCUAUUAAAAAAGAAUAUACUCCUGCUUAUUAUUAUCUUGGAUUACACUAUUUAGAAGAUCAUUAAAAAGAAAAUGGAUUAUCUUUAUUAUUAUAAGGAGCAUUAAAACAAGAACUAAAAUGUGUAGAAGAACUAUAUCAAUAUUUAUAUGAAGAUUCUUUGCAUUCUAAUUCCUUAAAUAAGUUUUAGGAUUAUUUGCAACUUCUUGCUGUUACAAAAUAAAGUAGUGAAGCCUAUUAUUAUUUGGCUAUAUGUAACAAUAAUAAUCUAUAACUUUAACAGACUUAUUAUCAAUUAGGUUCAAAGUUAAAUAAUCAAAAAUGUAUUAAUAAAUUAUAAGAUAUUAAUAAGGAUAUUUAAAUUUACUCGUAGAUUAUUGAAAAUGGGUAAAAUUAAGCACUCUUUCAAUUAGGAUAACAUUAUGAAUAAUAAGGUAAAUAUCUUAAUGCCAUUGAUUAUUAUAAGCAAUCUAAAUCAAAAUAGUCUUACAAUCGUAUUAGUGAGAUAUAUAAAACACAAAUAAAAAAUGAUGAUUUAGCAAAAGAAUACGAAUAGCUUGCAUUUGUAAGUCCUCGUUUUGAUACUGACAAUGAAAUAGCAUAAUCGUUGAUAAUUACAUAGAGUAAAUUUUGA